CAAACUUCUCCGACUCCGAAAAUUUGAACACACACUUGUUGGCUCAAACGCUAAAAUUCGCUUCGUGUAGUUUAUAUUCCAAAGGUUUCUAACUUGUAAUCAUUUUUUCAUAAUUAUCGAUAACUUCGAUAACUUAUCAUCAUUUAUUUUGAUUAUUUUGAAUGAAUGUAAUAAUCUGUCCAGGAAUAUCUACGGGUUUUUCGGAGAGCUGGUACAGUGAUAAGUAUACCUACAUAACUACAUUGCGCAGUUGAAACGUUUUACUAAUAUGAAAUCCUAGAAUAUUAUGAUUCGCUUACACAACGACUGGUGAAACCUGUAUAAUAAUUAGUAUGUGUAUGAUGUUCUUCAGUGUACACGAUGAUAGUUAAAGUAUUAUACGAUUUCGAUGGUCAGCCUGGAUCUGCCGAGUUAACGAUUAGAAGCGGAGAAGUACUCACUGUAACUAGACAAGAUAUCGGCGAAGGAUGGUGGGAAGGAACGGAUCAAAAAGGAAACACUGGUCUUUUUCCUGCUGCAUACGUUGAAGCAGCAGAUAAUCAAGAUUUUUGGGACGAUGAAUGGGACGAUGAUUCGGACGGAGGAGCUCCACCUUCUACGAUAGCCGAAUCUGUGACUAGUAGUAAACCAGCUUUACAUUCCAUCGGUAGUAAUGCCGAAGAUUCUUCAGCCAAACGAGCUCCUUCGGUUAAGGUGAAACCCAUAAACAAAUCAUCGUUCGCUAAAUCAGGCAGCGAUAGUUAUAUUACCGGUACCCUGCAGCUAUCAGUGCCUGAGAGUGAGAAAGUAUAUAUUUUAGAAAGCGAAUACGGUCUUAUAUGGAAUCCAGUCAACGAACCUUACGAUUGCGCUGUUGCUUCGCCUAAAAAAGAAUCUAAACUGAAAGGAUUGAAGAGUUUCAUCGUUUACCAAUUAACUCCUUCUUUCAAUAAUAUCCAAGUGUCUAGAAGAUACAAGCAUUUUGAUUGGCUGCAUGAAAGAUUGGAAGAGAAAUUCAGUCUGAUACCGAUCCCUCCAUUACCUGAUAAACAGAUCGCUGGAAGAUACGAAGAACAGUUCAUCGAGCACCGUAAAAACCAACUUCAAGCGUUCGUCGAUUGCGUUUGCAGACACCCUGUACUAUCUAAAUGUGGCGUUUGGCAACACUUUCUCACCUGUACCGAUGAAAAACGUUGGAAAGCUGGGAAACGGAAAGCAGAACGAGAUGAAUUGGUCGGAGCUAAUUAUUUCUUCGCCAUCGAAGCUCCUAACCGUCCUCUAGGGUCUUUUACAGCCGAACAGGAAACCGAGAGCUUUUCGAGGUAUAUUCACGGUAUGGACGUGGCGAUUAAAAAUCUAUCGAAUGUGGUCAACGACCAGGUGAAAAAAUGGCAGACAUUGUAUAAACGUGAAUAUCAAAGAAUUGGGCAUUCUUUUAUCGCCUACGGUCAAGCUUACGGAAUGGAAGAGCAAAGUGGAUAUUCUCGAGCUCACGUAAUGGAAGCCAUAAAGGAAACUGGCCAUUCGUAUAAUGAGGUCGGUAAACUAUUCGACGAGCAGCCAAAGCUCGAUUGGGAACCGUUGGGAGACAUGUUGCAUAUAUAUAAAGGAAUUAUAACCGCAUUUCCAGAUAUUUUAACCAUUCAUAAGGGAGCUUUACAAAAAAGACGCGAAUGCGAUAGACUCGCUGCCGAAAGUAAAAUGGACUCUCCUCAACUGCAAGAAGCCUCUAAACGAACUGAUAACGUAUCUUACGCUUUAUUGGCCGAAAUGAAUCAUUUCCACGCCGAACAGUUAUCCGAAAUAUCGAAAACCUUCAAAUCAUUUCUAACUCAGCAGAUCGCGUUCCAUAAAAAAAUCGUCGACCAGUUGGAAAAUGCUCUAAGUCGUUUCGAAUGAGGUGAUGUGUUAUAUUAAGCCUUUGUCUUAUCUGUAUGUAAGUGUGAAUAUCAUGUUUAUUUAUAUUCUUCGUCAGGUACCUAUGUAUUUUAUAUGACUGAGCGUGCAAAUUCUCUCUCUGACAGUAUUUAAGUCGAUUUUACGUACACAACAUGAUAAUUAUUUAUAAUAAUUCGAGUAUCUACAUAUUAAUCAGGUAGCUGGUCUAUCUAACGUAAUAAUAUUGAAAAGAAAAAAAUUCUGUGAUCUUCUGUGAUUCAAAUCAUUUAUAAUUAAGCAAUUUCUUUUUCCAAAAAUUCAUUUCCACUAAAAUUUUUUAUUUUUUUUAAAAAUAACGAGUAUUUAUUCCCGAUGAUUAUUCAUGACAAAUGUAAUCAGUAAGCCAUACAUUAGAAAGGAAAAAAAAGUAGCCUAGAAGAUUGAUUCCAUUUAUAUAUGUUUUUCAAUUAAACAUUUCGAAUGGACUGGACAUCCACACAUUCUAUAAUAAUAUCUUAAUAUGCAUACGCACUUGUAAAAAUAUAAAAUAUUCUCUAGUCAACCUAUUCAACUACACGUUUUUAUCGAUCCUUUUUUUUAAAAAAAAGGUCCACCUAUUUCAAUGUAUAGGUACAUGAAAAAAAAAAAAAAAACGUGUAUGUUUGUAUGUUUAUGUGAACUUUUAGUACUUUGUUUCAAAUGUAUCUCAGAAUUCAGGCGAAUGCUGUUGAUUUAUCGUAUUUUAUUAUCACUUGAUAUUUAAACACUUCUUUAAAUAGAAUAAAUUGUAUUCAAACUUUAA